ACACAACGCACCGACACAUUGAGAAAGAAAAGUGCGAAAUGUGUGCCAUACAGCUUGCUUGUUUUAGAAGAAGCAGUCCCCGUUAGCCUUUCCUCCCAUCACCAAAAAAGAAGGGGGGAAAAUCCGGCUGUCGCACAGGGUGCGGUUGUCAUUCAAAGCUACUCCGCCGGUCUCUUUGUUGUCACACAUUAAUUGCGAUUAUUGGGCCGAUUUAUCGCGGGGAAUCAUACCCCCUUUCAAAAGCCGUUUUUCAAAUUACUCGAGCCAUGUUAUCAACAACAAAACGCUGACAUAAAUCAGACGGAAUUGACAAGGCUGACACCGCACUUGAUUGAUCGCAGAGCAGCGAGCAGCACUGGACGCCUGCCAACGGGAAUUGCUAAUCGCGAAUUUGAUUGGCUGGCGCGGAGCAUGUGACAAGAUCACAUAUCAAUCAUCCCAAGCCUCUGACAGCUACACAUCCCGAGCGACCAAUCGCGCACCGCGCACGGGCCGUCGCCCCGCUCCGAUUGGCCAGCGGUAAAGUCCCUUCAUCUCGCGUUGUAAAUUCAAUGUUUGACUUGAAGUGUUGUCGGCAAAUUUGUGGUUUUGUGUGUUGUCUGCAGCGGCGGUGCGCUUAGAGGAGUGCUUGUGUGGCUCGCGUAGACAAAUCCAUUCGCACAAUGGGGCCGAGCUAGUGGGCCAGUCAGUGACGGCUCGCCGCCCGCACAUCUCUCUCUCCCCUCAUCGCUACUCAAUUCUCAGCUCUCGCUCUGAGCGGACGUAUGUCGUACCUACUCGCACCAUCUCUUGUCAGUGUUGUGAUCUCUUUCUUGUGAUAUUCUUGCUAUCUGUUGUGAUACAGUGCUACCCACUUUGUGAAUAUUUCUUGGUUUAUACCCGAUUUUCACCAUGCUUGCGACACGGACGCAACCCCUAAUGCAUACGGAGUAUUUACAGCCCAUGGACCCUCUUCCAACCACGUUGGAUGCGAAGAAGAGUCCACUGGCCUUGCUGGCUCAGACAUGUAGCAGUAUCGGAAAGCCAGACCCUCCUCCCAACUCGAAUGAGAUGAAGACCGGGUUGACGGCUCCUCUCGACAUCGGUGGCAAGAAGUCCCCUGAGAAGGCAGCGACCACGGUGCCCGAGCUCGACAGGUCAUCGUUCAAGCCUUACAAGCAAAACGAGAAACGCGACGGCGAUGCCUAUGUGACGAAAAUACCAGGUUACGCCGACAAAGCAAUCUCGCGGGGAUCCCCUCUGAGUGUCAUCACAAGCACGGACUCGAAACCAAUCGCCAGCGCGACCACCUUCACGUCGUCGCCGCCGUCGCCAACGAAAACAAGGACAGAGGCAUCGAGGCCAAGUUCGAAUCAGAGUACAACAGAAACUGUCUCAAGUCACACCAGUACUGGACAUAGCUUUGGCUGCACAAGCUCAGGUGCUCAUAGUCCGAGUUACCGAGGUGAUUCGAAGCCCCACUCUCAGGUUUCCACUGCCCCUAUCUUACCGACACAUCUCGUGCCCCCUGCACUAGCCACAGGAUUCAAACCGUCUACAUCUCACACCAGUACUCCACCCACUUCAGGACAUUAUGGUGGAUGCCCUUCGCAGCUUCUUGGACACCUACCCCACAUUGCAGAUCCUGCAAGCAUUUCAAAGGAUCAUGCUGGACAUAUUUUAGCUGCUACCGCCGGUUCACCUUACGCCACCGCCUAUGCACGUGUGAAAACCGCUGAUGGGGGCACCACAUUGAUGCCUAUCUGCCGUGACCCGUACUGUUCACAUUGUCAAUCAGCCUCACUUGCAGCUUCUGCAGCAUCGGGUGCAGCAUGCACGCAAUGUAGACAUGAUGGACUAUCACUCGGCGGGGCCGUUCCGUUUGCACUUCCCGUUCCGGGUGCGUUUCCCGCCUAUUUCCAAUCGGGAAGUCCCACCGCAUCAGCCACGCCUUAUCUCUACCCUCCACCCCCGGUACCCGCCCAAACCGAGCAUGGACACGUCUGCAACUGGGUUUCGGGCAACACGAGCUGUGGGAAACGGUUCGGCAGUGGCGAGGAGUUGCUGCAACAUUUACGCACGCACACGAUGCAGUCCAGCGAGUCGAUAAGUACGCCGUCUCCUUACGCCUUGGCAUCGUCAAUCAACGCCCAACUUAGUGCUUACUACAUGCACUAUCCUACUGCAGGACAUAUCCCUGGUUCCUUUGGACUUACAAAACCAGGAGUACCACCUUCACCCCUUAGCCCAGGAUCCGCCCUAAGGUAUCACCCCUACAAGGCACCCAUCCCCACCUCGUUGGCCACCCUCCCUGGACUCCCAGCCGGUGCUUACUACUCCCCGUAUGCUUUCCACGAUCUUAAAGGUCGACUCGCCGCAGCUGGAGUACCCCACUAGCCAAAAAUCUACCCAGAAUGGUGCACGAAACUCUUUAAUAUCACACCUGAAAAAUUAUUAUAUUAUGUGUUCACUGUGUUAAGUUUCAUAUUUCUGUAUUCAGUUUAAAACCUGUUACAAAUGUUGAAGUACUUUAAUUGCAUCUUGUUGGUUCGUAAGGACUGUACAGAGAUUUACAUUUUAUUCGAAAAGUACUAUUCUGUAAGAUGAGGAAAUCAAUUGUGAGUCUAUCUCUCAGAGAAAAUAUUAGUGAUAUGAACAAGGGAAACUCUAGUUGAAAGUCUCCUCUCGGUGUUAAAAAAACGGUCACUACUAACUAAGAGUGCUGUUCGUCCCUAUGUGUAACCUGAGAUGGAACGCGAAAUUUAAUUGCUCAAGCGUAC